UAAUCACUUCAUUCGACUCGCCAUCACCUUCUACACAUUCGAAUCUGCAUUGUGCGACUCGGACCUUCGCUGACCGCCAACAAAGGAACAUCGAACCCCUGUUGCUGUAGCAGCCAGCGAGUUGGCUGCGCCAGUGACGCACCGACCAUCGCUGGAUUCCCGACGUCAAGACACCACCUUUUUCCAAUCUCCACAACGCAUAGCGGGCCACCUUUGCCAGCUUUCUCCAACAUCCGAGCGCUGCGACAGCAAGCUUCCCUCGACGCACACCGCCGCAUCUUGCUCGCCCGCCAGUACCUCGUCCGUUAAAGUCUCGCACGAACACAAUGGCUCCGCCGCCAUCCGCCGACCUGCCUCUGGCCCAGAGGUUCCAAAGGGUGGCCUCCACCUUGCAAUUUGCUUGGUUCACUGGCCAUGCGAUGCUGCUCUUCUGUGUUUUCCGGUACUUGCUUUCGUGGAUCCGGAUGAACUACUAUGGCGGUUGGGCGCAGUUCUGCUACCGCUUCGCCUUCAUCUCAGCCGCCGCGACUUACGGGAUCGUGGUCUACAAGACCUUCCGGGCACGCCAAAAGACCGGGGCUAAGCAGCCUGGUGGUGCCAUCGGCUACCUCGCAGACGAGAACGUUCAGUACCUUCUGAUGGCGCUCGUCUGGCUUACGAUGCCUCAGUACCCGCUCUCCCUCCUUCCGUACGGCAUCUACUCCGUCUUCCACGUGGCCACAUAUAUCCGUGCGACCCUGAUCCCCACCUUUAGCCCGCCGCAGAAGCUCAACCCGCCUGCGGGCGCGUCGCCCAGCGCCAAGCCGCAGUAUAUCCAGCACCCGGUUGCCGAGACCAUCGGAACCUUCGUGAAGCGCUACUAUGACUCUUCCAUGUCCGUGGUCGCCAGCCUCGAGAUCCUGUUGUGGAUCCGUCUCCUGCUGGGCGCCAUCUUCUUCCAGCGCCGGUCAUGGAUCCUGCUCGGCAUCUACACCGCGUUCCUGCGCGCCCGCUUUGCCCAGAGCAGCCACGUGCAGAACUCCUUCGCCCAGCUCGAGGCUCGCAUCGACAACCUGAUUGGCGCCCAGGGCACUCCGCCCAUGGCUCGUCAGUUCUGGGACGGCGUGAAGGGCACCGCGAGGCAGUUCCACGCCGCCACUGACGUCAACAAGUACGUCAAUGGCGCCGCGGCGCCCAAGAAGACGUCCUAAGCGCGCACGGCGUGGACGGAUGGAUGUUGGAACGACAAGAAGGCUUUCCGCAUGCUUCGUGCGGCCCUAAGCUUCAAGCUUGUUGCCCAGGGCGCGGCGGCGAUUUGGAACGCAGCAAUCACAGUAACUCGAGAAUGGGGAACGAUGGCCUGUUUCGGCGACGGUCCUGAGAGCGGUGGAUGUGGGAGACGGGCAGAGGUGUGCGUGAAUAUCACCAUAUCGGUCUGGGCUGGUAACAGCUGGGGUUGGAAUUGCGUGGUUCUUCUCUCCCUGGUUUCGGACGGUUCGGUGCCGGGUGGGUCAUGAGGAGUUUCGAGGCAUUCCACAGCGGGAUGCUUUCUUUUUGGUAUUAUUGGUCUUCUGCACUUUGUAGCUCAAUGACUAGAGUGUAUCACUGGAA